GUAUUGCUUUUUCUAACGGAGACAAAUGGAAGGUGUUACGGCGUUUCGCUAUACAGACGCUGCGUGAAUUCGGGAUGGGUCGGCGCAGCAUUGAGGAACGGAUCCAGGAGGAGGCCCGGUGCAUGGUGGAGGAUCUCGCCAAGACCAAAGCGGAGCCCGUUGACCCCACAUUCCUCAUCAGCCGUGGUGUCUCCAACGUCAUCUGCUCCAUUGUCUUCGGGGACCGGUUUGACUACGAGGACAAAAAAUUCCUCACUUUGGUUGGCCUGAUGAACAACAACUUCCAGCGCCUAAGUUCCUGGUGGGGGCAGAUGUACAACCUGUUCCCUCGUGUCCUGUAUUACCUGCCCGGACCCCACAACAGAAUUUUCGAGAAUUUCGAGAAGUUGCGUCUCUUUGUUCUGGAGAUGGUCAAGAUGCACCAAGAGACCUUGGACCCCAACUCCCCUCGCGAUUUCAUCGACUGCUUCCUUCUCAAAAUGCAGCAGGAAAAGAAGGACCCCCUCACCUACUUUCACAUGAACACCCUUGUGAUGACCACCCACAACCUGUUCUUUGGGGGCACGGAGACCACCAGCACCACCCUCCGUUACGGGAUCCUCAUCCUCAUGAAGUACCCUGAAAUGCAGGCCAAGGUCUACGAAGAGAUCAGCCGGGUCGUUGGCCCUCACCGUAGCCCAUCGUUUGAGGAUCGGGUGCAGAUGCCGUAUACUGAGGCCUUGAUCCACGAGAUCCAGCGGUUUGCUGAUAUCUUGCCAAUGGGGAUCCCCCAUGCUGUGACGACCGACACUGAAUUCCAUGGCUUCGUGCUCCCUAAGGGCACCAACGUCAUGCCUGUCCUUUACUCCAUCCAUAAAGAUGCCACCCAGUUCAAAGACCCGGAAGCAUUCGAUCCCACCAACUUCCUGGAUGAGAAAGGAGGCUUCCGUCGGCGUGAGGCUUUCAUGGCCUUCUCAGCUGGGAAGCGCGUGUGUCUCGGAGAGGGCUUGGCUCGCAUGGAGAACUUCCUCUUCCUCACCACACUGGUGCAGCGCUUCACCCUCCAGCCUGUGAUUCCGACAGAGGAAAUCGACAUCUCGCCAAUGAUAAGUGGCUUAGGGAACGUCCCUCGCCCGUACAAAUUCCGGGCCGUCCCCCGGUGA